GAUGCUGCUGGUGGUAGUAGAUUGAGGUGGAGGUGACAUGAUAGAAAACUCUCGACAACGUGUGCUGCUGCUGUUACUGCUUCUGUUGUUUUGUGCUUUUGCGGCGUCUUGUGAUCUCCACUUCAGUCCGGCACCAACCGCUGCGCUGCCGCUACCGGCAACCCAUUAUUAUCACACACGUAAACAAACUCGCGCAAUAUAUCAUAAACAGCCAAUUCAAAACAAUAACAAAUAAACACUCCAUUGUCAAUAAAUUUAUGUAAUAAAAAGAAUAAUAUAAUUUAAACAUUAAUUAAUCUAAAAAAAAAGAAAUUUAUCUAAAAGUGGAGUGUAAGGACAUAUUGAGAAAAAUAUCUAUUUUCUUUCAAAGUUUGUUAAUUAGUUUUUUUCUCGUUAAGGGAUUCUGUGUUAGUCUUUUUUGAUCACUGGACCAUGUUCGUAUAUUAACGGUGUAAAAGGGUGUGCAGCUUAAAUAAGUCUUCGGUCAAUGAACUAUAUUGUAUUUUAUCAGCUUCAAAAGGGUUGAUUUGAAGACGAACAGAUCCCCUUUAGGAAAUCGAGUAAACUUCCCCUUGUAUAUUGUGAAGGUUCCCGUAUGUGUAAUCGCUCGGCCGUCAAGCACGUGGAUCUUAAGAGAUUACGGUGGUCAGUCAGUAUAGUUGUAUUUUCACCCUCGGAGGUUGAAAUAUAUUUUCCCCUUUUAUAACAGAAUGUGGUAUUGUUAAAAGAUUCAGAAGCUGUGUAUUUGAAGAAGUUACAAGGAUAAAAGGGAGAAAAUUUCAAAACAAAAAUGUUACAUCUUAACAUUUGACAAUAAGUGCAUUAUGUCAUGAUAAAAGAUUGUCACGUGUGUAGAAGAAGAAUAAGAAGACUUCUUAGUGAAAUUGAAAAUGAUGUCGGAUACUAAUAACGGAUAUAUAAGAACGAAUAGAGAAAAAAACGAAGGAUACAUGAGUCCAGCAAUAAUGACAGUUCAGGAAGAACUUUUGAUGAGCGGAAGUCAUGAUGUUUUGGCUACUGAAGCAUCUUUACAGGUGACACAUGGUCCUCGCGGUGCAACAACAAGUAUUUUACGUCAUCCAAGUAUUAGUAGAGCUGCUUCAAUUCAACGACGACAUAGAGGAUCAAAAAAUAGGCAACAACUACUUGUUGUUCUAGCAAUAAUUUUACUUGUAAUCACAUCAUUCACUCUUUUUCUUCUCAUUCUAACGCGAGAAUGUAAUCAGGAAACACAUCCAAACCUUUGUUUAACAGAAGAAUGUGUUCGAACAGCUGCAAGUUUAUUAGCAGCCAUGAACCAAACAGCGUCGCCUUGUGAGGAUUUUUUUCAAUACGCUUGUGGUGCAUGGAAUCGUCUUCACGUAAUUCCAGAAUCUAAAAGUUCUAUUAGCACAUUCGAAGUAAUGGCCGAUCAACUUCAGGUGAUCCUUAAAAGAGUUUUAGAAGAGCCAAUUAAUAGUUACGACAACGAUGCAACAAUCAAGGCCAAGAUGUUCUACAAGUCCUGCAUGGACAUCCCUGAAAUUCGAAAAUUUGGAGACGUACCCCUACGUCGAGUCAUAAAAUCUCUUGGUGGUUGGCCUGUUGUUGAAGGUACAUCAUGGAAAUCUCCUCCAUUUCCGAUUGAAGUUUUAUUAGGACGACUACGUGGAGAAUUUAAUGAAGGAGUUCUUUUUGAGCAAUGGGUCGGUCCUGAUGACAAGAAUUCCUCGAUGAACAUCCUCCAGUUGGAUCAAAUGCAAUUGGCAUUACCAAGUCGAGAUUAUUAUCAAAAAGAACAUAGUGAGGCAGAAUUAGAAGCUUAUCAUCGAUACAUGACUAAUAUUGCAAUUCAUUUGGGAGCUAAUUCAGAAUCUGCAAAUGAUGAAUUAAAAAGAGUGAUCGCCCUUGAAAAGGAUUUGGCAGAUGCUUCAAUUCCCGAAGUAGACCGCCAUGAUACUUCGUCUGUGUAUCGGAAGUUGAGUUUGAGAGAACUACAAAAUGAAGUGCCUCAAGUUAAGUGGCGCACUUAUCUUGAAGAGUUCAUUUCUGUACCCAUUACUGAUGAGGAGCCUCUCGUCGCAUACGCCAUGCCAUACUUUAUUGAGAUGGGAAAAAUCGUAGAAAAAACCGACCGCAGAACAUUGCAUAAUUAUAUAAUUUGGCGAUUUGUGAUGUCAAUAACACCUCAUAUGAUAGAUGAAUAUCAGCAGAGAAGAAUAGAAUUUCGUAAAAUUCUUCUUGGAAUUCGCGCUGAAAGGGCAAGAUGGUCUCAGUGCGUUGAUUGGACAAAUAAAAAGCUAGGCAUGGCAGUUGGAGCUCUUUUCAUUCGUGAAAAUUUCAAUCACGAGAGCAAGGAAACAGCAUUACAAAUGAUUCAAACUAUUCGACAAGCUUUUAAUGAGCUUUUAGUUGAAAAUCAGUGGAUGGAUGAUGAAACGAGAGCUGUUGCCAAAAGUAAAGCUGAUGCCAUAACUGAAAAAAUUGGAUACCCUGAAUAUUUAAAAGAUUCGAAAAAAUUAUCCGAGGAAUAUAUUACGCUUAACAUUACAGCAAAUCAAUUUUUAGAAAAUAUCUUAGCUGUAUUGAAAUACGAUGCGUAUCAUGUUUUGCAGAAAUUACGUCAACCUGUUGAUAAGGAAAAAUGGUCAACUGAACCGGCUGUUGUUAAUGCUUUCUAUAAUCCAAAUAAUAACGAUAUUGUAUUUCCAGCAGGAAUUUUACAACCGCUUUUCUACUCUCAACAUUUUCCUAAAUCAUUAAAUUACGGAGGGAUCGGAGUAGUGAUUGGACAUGAAAUUACUCAUGGUUUUGAUGAUAAGGGACGUCAAUUUGAUAAAGAUGGAAAUGUAAUGCAAUGGUGGAAUAAUGCAACAAUUAAGGCUUUUCGAGAAAGGACACAAUGCAUUGUUGAUCAAUAUUCUAGAUAUAAACUUCAGGAAGUCGAUCUUUAUGUUAAUGGAAGAAUGACACAGGGUGAGAAUAUUGCUGAUAAUGGAGGACUCAAACAAUCUUUUCGGGCCUAUAAAAAAUGGGUAUCAAAUCAUGGAGAAGGAUCAUUGUUACCUGGAGUAAAUCUCAAUCAUGAUCAGCUUUUCUUCUUAAAUUAUGCACAAAUUUGGUGUGGCACCAUGAGGCCAGAAGAUGCGCGAACUAAAGUUAGAAGCAGUGUCCAUUCUCCAGGUCGAGCUCGUGUUUUAGGUCCUCUUUCAAAUAGUAAGGACUUUGCUAAGGCCUUUAAUUGUCCCUCGGGUUCACCAAUGAAUCCCACACACAAAUGCAGCGUUUGGUAAUGAAGAUACAUUUUAACCACGUGGAAUUAUAUACUUUAAAAUAAAUUAUGACAAAAGUAUAAAAUACAGAUAUAAUAUCAAGAUACAUUUUAACCACGUGGAAUUCCACUUAUAAAUAAAUCAUGACAAAAGUAUAAAAUACAUGUCAUUAAAUAUAUAUGGGGUGAAAUUCCUGUACUGUCCAUGUCAAGAGGUCAAAGUUAUUGAACUGGCUUAUGUAACUUUGGUAUAUUUUUGCUCUGUUUGAGAGUAACAAAUCCCUAAAAUAUUAACUCAAUUAAGUAGAAAUUAGUGGGUUAUGGAAGAUUUAACGUUUUAAUAACGACACUGGCAUUUUAAAAUCCACAUAUCUUAAAAUCUAUCUCAAAAUUUUAUGGAUUUUAAUUUGAAAAAUUUGAUGUAUAUUUUUCAUGUACUUUUUAAUAUAGAUUACUAAAGUUAAAAAACCAGUUCAAUAACUUGGAACUUUUGACCAGAACAGUUCAGAAAUUUUACUCCGUAUAGCAAUAAAUUCCAUAUAUAUCUUAGACAUGUCAUUUAGGGGAAAAAAUUCAACAUGUAUAAAAAAAAGUUAAUUAAUAAUUUAAAAGAACAAAAAAUCUUGAAAUACGAAAUCUGGAAAAUCUUGAAGAUUUUCUUAAAUAUUUUUAAAGUAUUUCCAUUUUUGCUAUAAAAUAGCAUUUCAAAAAAAUAUCCACUCUUUUUUUAAUGUGACAAAAUACAUUUCUGAUGAAAAUUGUCCUACAAGUUUACAAGUCAGAGAAUAUAAUUCUUCUUGAUGUAAAUAAAAAUAUGUAAGACAAAGUUGUUUUGACAAAAAAAAAAUUUUUUUAAUAAUGCAAAAUGUCAUUGGCAUUCAGGUACGAAAGUUUCUUUUUCUGACAGUCAAAACGUGACUUAUAUUGGAUAAUUUAACAUCAACUUUUAACUUUCAUUAUAUAUAUAUAGAAGUAAGCGAGUUUUUUCUCUUCUUAAAUUUUUAUUGGAUGUUUUGAAACAAAUGAUGAAGAAUAGGAGGAUUUUGAAAAAGUAUACAUGUUUAUAUGUUGUACGUUAGUAAAAUAUAUGCGACGUUAAAGCAAUUUCUUGCUCGACAUUUUUUUAAAGAAAAUUUCAUGUUUAGCAUAUAUACAUAUACAUACACUAUUCCAAUGUAUAACUUUUACUAUAAGUUAGAAACAAGAAAUAGAUAUCAAUUUGUGAAUUUUUAUACAAACUUACAUGUAUACAUUCCAUAUUUUUAUGGGUCACUCUAUUGAUUUUUAGGACUGUUGCAAUUAUAUUUCUAAAUAAUCUAAAGUAAAAUAUAUUUUCUUUUGUGUAGAAUAUAAUUUGAAAUUUUAGAAUUUAAGCAAUCUAUGAAUGGUAACUUUUUAAAAAACGUUGAAUGGAAACUUUUUAAGUACAACAUAUUUAAAAAUUAAAUUUUAAUAGGACUGUAACAGUUCUCAAACGAAAGUCAAUAGACUGACUCAUACAUAAAAAGACAAAAUUCUUUAAAAAAAUUUCAGAGCAAGUGAUUAUCGAAGUGAAAAAGUUAUGCAUUAUUUGUAUUUGUUACAAAAUUUUACUCUCUAUACUUGGAACAUAUCAAUCAUAUAUAUAUAUAUAUAGCAGGAUUAAUAAUAAUCUUGCGUUUUUUAAUGUAAAAAUGGUGAAAAUAAAAUAUAUAUAUAUAUAUAUACAUAUAUAUAAUAUAACGAGUUUUUGGGUUAUUUUAGAGAAUUUUUUGAUUUUUAGAAUUUAUUAUUAUUAUUUUAUUAGUUGAUGCAAUUUAUUAUUUAAGAAAAACACUCGUUAUCUACACUUUCAAUUAUUUUAUUUACGAGACCGAGUAAUAAGUUUCAAGCACAUCCGUUUGAUUUUUAAUAUUUUCGUCCGCCAUAUUGGAUCCGUCAUUUUGAAUUUUUGAAAUCUGACUUUGCAAAUUCGUAAUCAGCAACCCUAAAAAUCUUUAAGUUAUGACUUUUUUUUCUAAGUCAUAUAUUUCGAUUUUUAGUAAUUGUUUAAAGUAACAAAAAAUUAAAAUUGCAAUUAUCUCAAAAACCUAACGUAUAGUGAAAAAAUGGACUGCUGAUUCGAAUUCAGCUUUAAAAUUUACCUUAUAGAAACAGGUUUUCGUUGCUUGGGUUCAAAACCUUGUAAACCUGUGUUAUUAUAUAUAUAUAAAGGAGCAAACUAACACGUGCAGUCGGAUGAUAAAUAAUUAAAGACUUGAAGUAUAAAAAAUUUAUUCAAAUUUCAUGUCAAAUUAAUUUUUUAUAAAGCAAUAUAUGUAAAUGCAGCAGUUUUACCACAAUUUCUUCUAUUUUGUUUUUUAAAAAUAUUUAUCUCGUAAACUAUAAUUCAUUUUUGAAAAAAUUAAUCAAAAAUGUAAGAAAAUAUUUAAAUUUAAUAUAUUAAUUUUAAAAAUUAAUAAACUUUAAAGAACAUAUUAUAUAUUUAUUAUUGAUGUUACCCGACGAUUAAUUAAAAAAAAUUGUUUACAAUAAAUUUCAAUUGGUUAUAAAAUUUAUUUUAUAUUUUCAUGAUAUUUUUUGAUUUUAAAAAAUUGUGUAGUUUAAUUAGAAAUGAUUGUGACCUGUAAUUAAUACAUUUAAAUUGAUAUGUUUGUUUCUGUGCAUAAUAUUUUAAACAAAUUACAUUACACAAUCACUGUCACACAUUAUUUUCCUAUGCAAAAAAUUUGUUAAUGUCGACAAUAAUGAAUAUUAGUAUUUCUCAAACAAACACAAAAUCUAGUACAUUUCUAUUUUUAUUAAUAUUUUCUAAACAUUUAAAUUUUUUUCUGCGAUCAAUAGAUUACGAGAUAAAAAUAACUGAAAAAGAGAUAUAAUUGUUACAAAUAUAUUUUACAAAAUAAUUAUAUAAAACUUCUUGGCACACUUAUUUAGCCCUAUAUAUUAUAUAUAUUGAGUGAUCGACUGG